CAGACAGACAUACUUGUUCCCUACGAGAAAGAAUAUAGAAAAAAAAAAAUUAGUCUGCGAUGGCAAUAUUCAGAUUUCAUUCAAUUCAAUAAUAUUGUAAUUUUGAAAGAUUUACUAGUGUGGUGCUUAAUUGCGUCUUAAAUAUUUAGAAUAUAACUAAAGAAACAGGAGAUGAAAAGAUGGCGAAUAAAAUAAUUUUUUUUAUACUUACCGGCGAACCUGGUGUAGGCAAAACUACACUGACAAAAAAAAUAUCUUUACUAUUGAAUGAAAAAGGAGUUAAAACAUUUGGGUUUUUUACGGAGGAGGUUAGACAUAAUCGAGUGCGGGAAGGAUUUGAUGUGGUUUCAUUAAGUGGAGAACGCGGCAGAUUAGCUAGAGAACAGAGCUCGCUUUCUAUUCCAGCAAAAUAUACUGUAGGAAAGUAUGGUGUCCUGGUUCAAGAAUUUGAGAAUGUCGCCAUAAAGUCUAUAAAUAUGCCUGUAGGCAAUGAACUGUUUGUCCUGGUUAUAGAUGAAAUUGGAAAAAUGGAAUUUUUCAGUUCAACCUUCAAGAAUAGAAUAAAAGCGAUUUUUAGUGCAGAUUCAAAAUACCUUGUGCUGGCAACAAUACCUGUUAGAAAAUUUGAUCCAAUGAUAGAAUACAUAACGAAUAGUAGUAGAAGCAAAGUGUGGUCUGUAAUAAAGAGGCUGAUGGUGCCAAAAUUAGCUCAACUCGAGAAUACAAUAAUGGGAAUAAUGAAAGAACUGACCAAACUGCCACCAGGGUCCCGUCUUCCAGACAAGUAUACCAAAACAGAACCGAUAAAGCUGUUACUAGAUCAGAAUUACAAAGAAGACGUCUGCAUGGAUAAGCUCGAAUCAUGCCUUAAGGAAGACAAACGUCGAAAACGUAUCCUCAAAAAGCUGUUCUUCAAAAAGUACAACUCAUUGCGACAAGAACUUAUUGGCUAUGGCGGGAGACGACUUUGGGGCGGGGAGGGCAAUCUUUUCUAUUGAUAGUUUUAAUAUAAAAUAAAUGAUGAGUAUAAUAAU